CAACUGCAGAUUAACGUCACUGCCAUUGUUGGGGAAAGUUCGUGUUUACUUUGGUUUUUGGGGCGAAAAAUCGCACGUUUAAUUUUGUUAAAACCUUAAAUUGUUAGAUUAAAGUGUAAGGAAGGUGUUCGAUAAAUUGGUCGAGUGAAAAAUGCCGAAACCAGGCCAGAAACCGUCGUGGAAAAAUCAAUAUGAAGCCCCGCGCGAGUUCAACUACGCCGCAAAAGACACGCGCAGGGUGAGUUUCAAGCAGGGCCGGCACGGGGGCAAAUCCGACCACCCGAGAAACAAGGAUUGGGGGGAGACGAUAAAAUGGCACUUGGAGGAGGAGGACAUCGACAUGGGGGGCAGCAGCGGGAACUACAGGAACAACAGGUUCAACAAGUUUAACGGUAGAGGGGGUAAGAAAGGCAAGAGGGGCGGGUCCCCUGCCCCCCUUGCCAAGAAGAGGCUCAUGGAGGGCGCUACCAACUGGUACAGGGUUUCGGUUGCGCAUGGGGAGAAAUACGAGAAGGCGUACCUGCAGAAAAUGUUUUUGGAUAACCUGAACCCCUUGCCGUUUGUGCCAAUACAGUGGCAGGUAAUGGGCUUAAACGUCGUAUUUUUUGUGGAGGGUUACAAAACCGCCGAAAAAAUAUUAAGUUUGGACAGACAAGUUCAACUUCCAAAUGGGUUUAAAUUAUUUGUACGGGUACAACCUAGUUCGCCCAACGUCGAUGUAACGCCGGAGAUGAAGGAAAAAAUGAAACUUGUCAUGGGCAAAAGAUACGACGCAAACCUAAAGUCGUUAAAUCUGACCCAAUUCCACGCAGACCCGGACUUACAGGACAUGUUUUGCGCCCUUUUCAAACCCAUCGUUUUCAACAACGUGCUGGACAUCAUAGUUGAAAACAUUCCGCAGCUGGAAGCGCUCAACCUGGACAAGAACAACAUUUGCAUCAUUUCCUUCAUGAAAAAAGUCGUCAAAACUCUGACGAGCCUUUCGAUUCUGCACAUGAAGGACAACAAGAUUCGAGACAUCACUCAACUGGACCCUCUCGUUGGUCUACCGAUUGUUGAGUUGGUUUUGGACGGAAAUCCGGUCUGCGAAAAGUUCAAGGAGAGAACAACAUACAUAAGCGAGGUUAGAAAGAGGUUCCCCAAAUGCAUAAAGCUGGACGGAAUCGACCUUCCACCCCCGAUCAGCUUCGACAUCCAAGACGAAAUGAAGUUCCCGGAAACGAAGCAGACCUUCCUGUGCAACGCCGAAGGCCAAACCAUAGUGCGUCAGUUCCUCGAACAGUACUACCAACUGUACGAUCAGGAAUCGCGCGAGCCGCUCGCGCAGGCGUACCACGACCAAGCCACCCUAUCCCUAACCAUGUCGUAUCCGUACGGGUACGACAAGAACAAAACCACCGCCUGGCUGAACUGGUACAACACCGAUAACAGGAAUAUCAUGCGCGUCGAGGCGCUGGACAGGCGGGUGGCGCUCUUGAAGCAAGGCAAGCAGGCCGUGUGCCAGUUUUUGAACGACAUGCCCAAGACGAAGCACGACAUACACAGCUUCACAGUGGAUCUUACGUUGUUCACGCCCGUCAUGAUUAGCCUCACCAUCACCGGAAUGUUCAAAGAGCUAAAAAGCGGUCACAAAAUCCCUCCGUUACGUCACUUUUUCCGCACCCUCGUCAUCGUUCCUGCAGGCGCAGGAUUCUGCAUCCUGAACGACGCCUUGCACGUGACCAACGCCAACGUGGAGCAGACAAGAAGGGCGUUCAAGACGCCGACGCCAGCGCCCGUGGCGCCCCCUACUCACCAAUCGCCAAUGGUGAAUCCGGUUAACGCGGUUAUACCGGACGAUCUAAAGCAGAGAAUGGUGGCACAGACGUGCCAGGAAACUGGGAUGAACCCCGAAUGGUCCAUCAAAUGCUUAGAAGAGACCCAGUGGAACCAGAUGCGCGCAGUGGAAGCGUUUAGAAACUCCCACGCGCAGGGUUUAGUUCCACCAGAUGCGUUCAUAGGGGGCGCUGCGCCCCCUAUAUAACCUUCCUAGUAUUUAGAGAAUAUUUUUAAAAAUGACGAUCUAUAAUUAGUUUAUUAUUAAAUUAAUUCAAUGUUAAAAUCGCGUCACAACAAACAAAUAUAGCUUUAGAAAAAUUAAUUCUUUACUUUUAUUUUAGUUAGUUAAGGGGAAAAUAUACUUAAAAAAAGUAUGAAGGAGUUGAUUUUUAAAGAAAGACAAGAACAAUAGGUUAUAAAAAUUUAAAAAUCAACCAAAAACAAUUAAAUGAAUUCACCUAAAAAUUGCCUUUUUCAUAUUUUUGCAAUUUUUAAUAUUUUUUCUCUGGAGUAUUUAUAAUAUC